AUGUGGAAAAUGAGCAUGGCUGAUGGAUCCGUCGUUUCGGGAAACGGUGAAGUGGAUAGCCGCUCUGCGACGGAUGAGGAGAGUGGCUCAUCUGGCCAUAGUUUGGAAUCAAAAAUGAAAAGGAUGAUCAAAGAGUCUGAACGUCGAAUGCAGGCAAAGAUCGACAAGCUGGAAAGUCGUGUUAUGGCGGAACCAGAAAUUAUGAAGCGCUUCAACAUGAAAGAUCCAGCUGCGAAUUAUGACGAGGCCGGUCAGUGGCAAUCUAUUGGCCUGGGACCGGCUGCUAUUGACCAGCCAUCUGAACAUGAAAUGGACAAGCGAUCCUUCAAGUUUGAAGAAGAUGUCUAUGCCAUAUUGGUCACCUCGAAGUGGAACUCGAGCCCAUUCUAUUUCUCCCUCGUUGUGAUUUUUGCUUUUCAAACUAGUUUAAGCAUUUUAUUGUUGGCCGAUCAGAUUGAUUGGACUGGCGAGAAUCCCAUGAUGCUUCCGGCCAAUGUCAAACUGACGGUCCGUCUAUCACAAGCCUUGGCCAUUUUUAUAGCCCUUUUCAGCCAGGCCGAUCUUUUGCAAGGAAUUGAAACCCUGUUCAAUGGAGUACCUUCGCAUUUCAAAGGACCUGAUGAUCGAUUUGCAAAGAUCACCACCACACAGUGGAAUGCUACUUGUAUCAUUCGUAUUAUUCAGGGAUCGCUGAACUUGUUUGCCGCUUUUGUGUUGUUGAUUCAAUCAGAAACAGUCUUUGAUGUGCUUCUCAAUUUCCUAGGAGUUGCAUUUGUCUCUGAUUUGGAUGAUAUGGCGUUUGGGCUGUCCGCAACUGGAUAUUUUGGAGGGAAGGUCAAACAGUAUGCCCUCACUCAACGAGCGACAGACUUUUAUCAAGAAGGACGCCGCGAGGGAAUGGUACAAAUUGUGAUUUGUCAAAAGAAAAUUCUUCACAUUUUCACUUCUCUCUUCAUUUUGGUGGUCAUGUUCUUCUUUUACUUUUAUUUUAUGGGUCAACAAGUAGCUGGUGUGUAUUCUGUGCAGGACUUGCAAGUUGAAUUCGGCGAUGAAGUAGUACCAUUCAUGGGACUUUUCAACGGAUGCUACCAGGUUCAUCGUUCAAGUUUCGGGAACGACCGGCUCAUUUAUCGCCAGAUGGGCUUUGAGGACCAAGGCGGAAAGUUUGGUUAUUGCGAUGAUGUUGACGACGGAGAAGGGGGCUGGACGUUUUAUAUUGGAGAUCUAAGGGACCCCUGUGAUGAUUGGUUGAUCAGAAGUUUGGUAACCGAGACCUUUGAUGUUCUGGAAGCAACAGCAUCGAAAUGGUAUACGGCUGAUGGACUCCCAAUGGAUUAUCUUGAAGCUAAUGAGGUUGAAAAUGCAUCAUCUGAGUGCGGCAGGAUCAUGUUUGAGGCCACUCGGGAUUCCUGUGAGACGGUGAGUCUCGCUGAUAGUGAGAAUGCAGACGAUUCCACUUUCUUUGGCAGUCUGAAUGUUCGUGAGAGUUUCGCAUCCCGAGAAAGCAUCCCCCAUGCUCUAUCACAUCCAGUCUACUAUGAUCUCACUUCAGGAGAGGAGAGAGUAGUGUUUUCUUUAGCGUUAUUUACUGGACGGCGAUGGGUACAGACCGAAAGUGGCCGAAUUUCUGGGUUGCGGGAUAUCGCCAAUUUGACAGUUGAGGAUCUGGAAGAUUUCUUCUACCGACAGGAAGGUUUUAGCGUUUUGAACCAGGAUGUUGAUUGGGUAGUAUAUAUCAGCGAGGUUGUAGAGGUUGCCAACGAUGAAGGGACACCUCUCAGCCUGCAGUGGUACUUCCCUAGACUCGAAACCAACGCCACGUUGAACUUUCCAUCGGCAGACCUGGCCCGCCCAGUUGAGACAGUUUUUGUCUGUGUCUAUUGUAAUGCUUUGACCAAUCCAUGCUUUCAUGAAGGUAUCUGCAACGACGAAACUGGUUUUUGUAAUUGUGCCCAUGGGGCAGCAGGCCCAUUGUGUCAAGAACGGCCUCUGGGGGACGGACGAUGCAACGAUUACUUCAACAACAACGAAAACGACUACGAUGGUGGAGACUGCUGUGGUGGAACGUGCGAUUCGUGUGUUGGCCAUCAUAUGCUGACUCCAUUUGGCAUUGAUUUCCAGAACAACGCGACGAGACUGCAAGGUACAGACCCUUUGGGAUACGAGAAUUGUGCCGACCCUAGCUUCGCAACAUUCACCCUCGACGUGAGGCCACACCGUUCGUUCGACGCCGAAACCAAUCAGUCAGUUUUUGAGUUCCCUUCAAUCAAUGUGGAGUGUGACGACUUUGUGUAUAUGCAGAGUCCAACAUUCAAAUAUGCAGAAGACGGGGACGUCGCUCAAAACUUUGCCGAAAGGAUCAGGAUUCCCCAUGGCGUCGCAUGCACUCUGCGAUUUUCGUCACUCCAACGCGGUACCAGUGUUUUUUUGACGUUCGACGAGCAGGAUCAACCUUUUCGAACGGCAGUUGUGCCGGAGCUACCAGUACAUUGGGACGUUCCAAAGUCACAGUGUGUCCUUGAUCUUUUUGCUACGCAGUCAUCAAAUUUUGUCGCGCUGGAUGAUCUGACAUUUGUUGGUAAUGACGCACUCUCAGACAACAUGUGUCGACGUCUCCAGCAAGAUAACACAAAUGUAGAUGCACGCAACAAACUGUUUGAAAGAUAUGCCGUGGGCAUUAUGUUGAGUGCAUUCAUUGAUACCGAGGCCGGGGACGUGUCCAUCCCAAUUGAUUGGGAUCAUUGUAAUGGUUGGACUUCCGAUACCUUUACUGUUGAAUGUGAUGAAAGUGGAAGAGAGGUGUUGGGCCUAUCGAUUUCAGCUACCAGAGUUCCGUCAAGCGAAAUCAAGCUGCUCGACAACCUGAAACAUCUAUCCAAUCUAGAGUCAUUCUCCUUGGACAACUCUGGUGGAUUGAAUGAAAUGAUUCUCCAGGAACCACCUUCGGGAAUCUGGAGCCUUUCCAAACUAAAAUCCCUGAAAUUGCAUGGGAUUGGAAUGGUGAAGGUACCUGAGUCCAUCGGAGAGUUGGGGGCUCUCCAGCACCUCGACCUCCGCAACAACAGCCUGGAAUCACUUCCUGGCGAAGUUGGAAAUUUGUAUGCGUUGCAACAUCUGGUCCUUGAUUCAAAUCGUAUUGCUUCACUCCCUACUACGAUUGGCCUGAACUUGACGAGUUUGGUUUCCUUUUCCAUGAGGUCGAACGGCCUUGUGGGAAUCCCGUCCUCAAUCGGAAUGAUGUCAAUGCUGCGCUCUCUUCACUUGGAAUACAAUGCACUCACGAGCCUUCCAUCCGAAAUUUCCAAUUUGGGAUCACUGACCAAUCUUGAUUUGUUUUCCAAUGCACUUACCCACUUGCCUUCUGAGUUUGGAGAAAAUCUCGGCUCUUUGGAAAGCCUGAACAUGCAUUCGAACAAGCUUGCUUCGUUGCCGGACUCCAUUGGAAACAUGGCACAGUUGUCAGUCUUGAGGCUUAGUGACAACAUCCUUUCGAUGAUUUCAACCUCAGUGGGAAAUCUUCGAUCGCUCACCCAUGUCAGUUUGGACUCAAAUCUUCUCACGGAGCUCCCAAGUGAGGUGGGAAAUCUUGAAUCAUUGGUCUACCUAAAUGUCUCUGAAAAUGCCCUGUCGUAUAAGGAGGUUGCUGUCAUUGAGAACACAACGGUUGUUGUCAACAGUACAAUUGGCAACUACACUGAUGGCAACUUCAGUAUGGGUGACCUCACAGCUGGCAAUACUACGGGCCCACAGGACUUGAACUUAACCACCUUUGUGGUGAAAAACUAUACCGUUGUGGUCUCAUCGCUCCCGUCUGAAAUUGGCAGUCUAUCUUCGAUGCUCACACUAGACUUGAGUUUGAACGAUCUCGUGCUGCUACCAACUGAGAUCGGGAGUCUGGGAGCGUUGGAGCUUCUAGAUGUCUCUUCGAAUAUGAUUACAGAUGUGCCAAGCGAGGUGGGGAAUCUACAAUCAUUAAUUUACUUGAAUCUCGCCGUAAAUGCACUGUCAUCGCGAGAGUAUGAAGUCGUCCGGAACGACACAGUUGGCAGUUUCACCAUGGACAAUAGCAAUAGUGCUCAAGAUGGGUUUGCAAUGAACACAACAUCAGCCAAUGCGACAUAUAUGGUGGUAGAGUCGUCUAUCCCAUCAGAGCUCGGAAGACUCACGUCAGUGGUCACAUUAGACUUGAGUUUUAACAAUCUUGCGGUUCUGCCAUCAGAGCUUGGAAUGCUUGGUUCGUUGGAAUUUCUUGAUCUCUCUUCAAAUGUGCUUUCAGACUUGCCAACCGAGCUCGUGAAUCUUCAUUCACUGGAGUACUUGGACCUUGCAGCAAAUGCACUGUCAUCUCGUGAAAUGGUUGUUGUCCAAAAUCUGACAGCUGGUAAUCCCGUAGAUGUUAUCGCUACCAACGAUCUGAUGUUUGAAACGAACGCAACAACUUGGAACUACACAGUUGUGGUUUCGUCGGUUCCAAGGCUCAGUCCUUCCUUGAGAAUUCUAGAUUUGAGUUUGAAUCAAUUUGCGGUUCUACCUACUGAAAUCGGAAGUCUCGUUGAGUUGGAGUCGCUUUUUGUAAGCAACAACCAGUUGACAAAACUUCCUAGCGAAGUGGGUUUGCUCAAGUCUUUAGACCAGUUGAAUCUCCGGAACAACACCUUGGCAUCACUCCCCGCGGAAGUUGGCAAUCUGGAGAACCUUUCUUUCUUAGACGUCAGUCUGAACGUUCUCUCGAAGCUUCCAGAGGAGAUGGGGAACCUUGUAGAAUUGAUACAUCUCAAUGUGUCCUACAAUGAGAUGGUGGUGAUGUGGUUACCCAAAAACAUUGAAAUAUCCAAUGUGGUUGCAAACUUGGAAACUUGUUCAAGCGAUUAUGCUUUGGCCACAUCUUCUUGCGAGUUCUUCUGCUGCAGAAUGGAAGCCGCAUUUUGUGAGCAGGAAUGUUAA